UUUUUUUCUUUUUCACUAUCUCUUUCUCUACAAAAACUCCAACUCAAGACGGGAAUCUGUUGAAUCAGUUUGUUCUUUGUCAGCUUCAUUGCAAGUGUUUGUUUUAUUGAGAGAGAGAGAGAGAGAGAGAGAGAGAGAGAGAGAGAGAGAGAGAGAGGGCGAGGAAAUGAAGGCAGAAGAUAAAAUGGGGCAUGAUCGGGGGAUAGGGUUCGAGACGGACGACGAGGAGAACGAGGCUCAGAUGGUUGGAGAGACAGAGGAGGAAGAUGACGAAUCCGAUUAUUCCAAUUCCUCGUCAUUCGAGCAUUCCGAUUCUAGGCUCAGUGAAGCUUAUGGUACGUCCUGGCCCCAGUCCUAUAGGCCGUCGAUAGACAUGUACAGCACUGUAAGGACCCCUCCCAACCUCAGUUUUCUAGCUCACUCCUUGUCUUCUUCUAUACACAAGAGAGUCUCGAGUCCGGAUGCUUCCUUGCAUAAGCCCUUCAUUUCCACAACAUCGGCCAGAGCAUCCCCACGUUCUCCAUCUUAUCCUUCAUUCCAAAGGACCCAAUCGAGGAGCUCAGCCCCAAGGCUUUCAUAUCAUGAACUAGAAGUAUCCCGUCAAUGCUCUUAUGCUCAAGCAGUCCUUAAUGGAGUCAAUAUUCUAUGUGGAGUAGGACUCCUUGCAACCCCUUAUGCAAUCAAAGAAGGUGGAUGGAUGGGGCUUUUGAUACUUACGGGUUUUGGUGCUAUCUCAUGCUACACUGGGAUUUUGCUGAAGUGGUGCUUAGAGAGCACUCCCGGGCUCCAAACUUAUCCAGAUAUUGGGCAGGCUGCAUUUGGAGUAGCAGGUCGCUUGACGAUAUCUAUAAUUCUAUACGUGGAGCUCUAUACAUGUUGUGUGGAGUACAUCACUCUAAUGAGUGAUAACUUGUCGGCAUUGUUCCCAAAUGCACAUUUGAAUUUUGCUGGAGUUCAUCUAAAUCCUCACCAGUUCUUUGCCGUAUUGGCAACCAUACUUGUUCUUCCGACUGUUUGGCUUCGAAAUCUAAGUUUCCUUUCAUACCUUUCAGCUGGGGGAGUGAUUGCAUCAUUGCUGGUGGUGAUUUGCUUGUUGUGGGUCGGGGUGGUCGAUCAAGUGGGGUUCCAUCCAGGUGGGACUCUUUUGGACCUUGCAAACCUUCCUGUUGCACUUGGGCUAUAUGGUUUUUGCUACGCCGGGCAUGCUGUUUUUCCAAACAUAUACUCGUCUAUGAAGAAGCCAGCGGAUUUCCCCUCAGUUCUAAUAGCCAGUUUCAGUAUAUGUUGGCUUCUGUAUUCUGGGGUAGCUGUAGCUGGAUAUUUGAUGUUUGGUGAAUCCAUCAAGUCCCAGUUCACUCUAAACAUGCCACAUCGAUUCCUGGCUUCUAAAACCGCUGCUUGGACAACGGUUGUGAACCCUCUCACGAAGUACGCCUUGACGAUCACGCCGGUCGCACUGAGUCUAGAGGAACUCGUGUCUUCACAACGUCUCAGAUCUCAUUUCAUUUCGGUGCUCAUCAGAACAGCUUUGGUUCUAUCAACACUGUUUGUGGCACUCAAAAUCCCAUUCUUUGGUUUUGUGAUGGCGCUGCUUGGAUCUCUCCUUACCAUGAUUGUGGCGCUUAUUUUCCCAUGUGCUAGCUAUCUCAGCAUCAUGAGAGGAAGAGUAAGCAGGUUUCAGGCUGCUGUGUGCAUUUUGAUUAUCAUGGUGGGGAUCACAAGCGCAUGCAUUGGCUCGUAUUCAGCUAUCAAGAGAAUAGCUGACAAUAUGGCGUGAUCUGGGCUGUCAAUGAUCAGAAUGUGGGUUGACCGGGUCCAGAUCUUAGCUUGUGGGCCCAGGCCGUCUGGAUGGGCCUAUUAAAAUUUGAUUUGUUCAAUCGGCCCAUUGACAACCCUCUGUGUAAUGGCACGAAAAAAGAAUCAUAGUAAAAAAACCAAAUUUUCUCAUACAAACCUAAAUUCAUGGAUAAUUUCUGAUUUGGGCUCAAUCACUUAUUUCUUUUGUAUUCUUUUUAUGAUAUCAGACCGUUGAUAUGUUACCGACGGUUAUGAUCAUUCCUUGUAAUAGAUGGUUUUUUUAACAAUGUAGUUGUGCACU